AGAUGUUCUCUCUCCUUGUAGCAAUGGCACCACCAUGGUUUUAGCCACCCUUGAGGGGCACUGGUGUCCACUUGCGUCCUAUAAAUAAUGCCUCGAGACCUUCACCACACUAUUACACCUAAGGAGCCUCCCUCUGAUCUCUCUAGACUCGACUCUCCCCCAAAGUACUCCUCCUUGCAACCCAAAGAAGAGGAAGGGAAAGGUUUCUUUCUUGGUCUAAAGGUGUUAGUAUAUAGUACCAUUGGCUAGGGUUGAAGAGAAGACUACUAAAGUCCAAAAGCGAGCAGAACGGAAGGGAGUUUUGAAGCUUUCCUGCAGAGAAUAUGAUCAAGGCAGUCCCGAGCCAAGUGGAAGUAGAACUCUCCUCUCUCAUGAGCUUUGGUGUGCACUCCCAAAAGAUUGAAGGGGAGACAAGGACACGUCGGAAGAGGAGGAAGGCAAAGGUGGAUGGUGCAGGGGGAGAGGCAAAGAAGAGGAGGCUCAGUGAUCAGCAAGUCAAAUUCUUGGAGAUGAGCUUCGUGAAGGAGAAAAAAUUGGAGUCAGGGAGGAAGGUGCACCUCGCCGGCGAGCUCGGCCUAGACCCGAAGCAGGUUGCGGUUUGGUUUCAGAACCGAAGGGCGAGGUACAAGAACAAGCAUCUGGAGGAGGAGUAUCUCAAGCUCAAGUCGGCCCACGACACCGUCGUCGUCGAGAAAUGCCACCUUGAGAAUGAGCUUCUGAAACUAAAGGAGAAACUUGCAGAGGCCGAAGUGUCCAUGAGGAAGCUCUCCCAAGCAGUGAAUGGAGCUUCUGGCUACAACGUCGGCGGCGGCGAGGGUGAGGGCAGCCCUACCUCGUCCUUCUCAACAGUUACUUACCAUCCUCUAGUUGGAGAAUUUGGGGUGGAUGGAGAAGCUGACCUCAUGUACAUACCAGAGUAUAAUUUUAGUAACUACAUGAUGGAGUGGGGUAAUCUCUUUGGAAUGUAAGAAACAAGUAUCAGUACUGUCAUAAUUUCGUGAUUAAUCCGUGUAAAUUAUGUCAUUUUCGCUAUUUGAAGUAUUUUGACUGAUAGAAUCCUUCUCUAGUCAUUGAACUUGUAAGUACACUUGAAGUAGGUUCUAAUUUGUUGUAAUUGUUUGCUCUUAAUGUAAUUCUAGCUGCAGUAGCUUCCAAAGUUUUAUGAGAAAAAGAAGUAUAGUUGUA